CAUCGCGCACUGACUCCGCGCCGUUAUUGUUCUAUUGACUGGCUAAACAACAACCUUGAGACGUUCUGACAGAUAUGGAAAAAGAUGCAAGACCCAACUGGGACAGCCCCAUUCAGUUUAUACUAGCAUGUGUAUCAUAUGCAGUCGGGUUGGGAAACGUGUGGCGCUUUCCAUACCUCUGUCAAAUGCACGGUGGAGUCAAUGGCACAGAGGCUGACAGGAAACAGGAAGAGAGAGGGGAUUGACUUGCAGCAAAGGUCCCUUGCCAGAAUCGAACCAGGGACGCUGCAAUUAUGCGGCAUGCGCGGGGGGUUCUUGAUUCCAUAUUUUCUCAUGCUGUUUUUGGAGGGUGUGCCCCUGUUCUACAUGGAGCUUGCCAUCGGUCAGAAGAUGCGUCUGGGUAGCAUAGGGGCCUGGUCUGCCAUCAGCCCUUAUUUGGGAGGCGUGGGUCUUGCUAGUGUUGUGACAUCCCUGUAUCUGUGUCUCUAUUACAACGUCAUCAAUGCAUGGAGUUUCUGGUACCUCUUUCAUUCAUUUCAAUCUGUCCUUCCCUGGGCAGAGUGCCCCAUCAAUUCCAAUCGGACAGCACCUAUAGAGGAGUGUCAAAGGGCUACACCCACCCAGUACUUCUUCUACAGGGAAACAUUGGACAUCUCCUCUUCAAUUGAAGAGAAUGGAGGGAUUCAUACAGGCCAGGCAUUGUGCCUCCUUCUUGCCUGGGUGAUUACUUACCUGUUCAUUGUCCAAGGAGUAAAGUCAACUGGGAAGGCGGUGUAUUUCACAGCCACAUUUCCAUAUGUGGUCCUCUUUAUCUAUCUGAUCCGGGGUGUCACUCUUCAUGGUGCCAUCAACGGUGUCAAAUACAUGUUCACACCCAAGAUGGAACAGCUUGCCAACCCCACUACAUGGAUCAAUGCAGCCACUCAGAUCUUUUUCUCUCUGGGUUUGGGUUUCGGGUCACUCAUAGCUUUUGCCAGCUACAACCAAUACAACAACAACUUCGAGCGCCAGGCCAUCAUUGUUUCUCUUAUCAACAGUGGAACCUCCAUCUUUGCCAGCAUUGUCACCUUUGCAAUUUAUGGGUUCAAGGCCACCAUCAACUAUGAGGACUGCCUAGAGAGGACGCGCUUGCUGCUUUUGAAUGCCUUCAGUCUAGCAGAGGACAGCAUCACUUUGGACAAUGUCUUUGAGUGGAUUGAAAAACUAAACACAACAUACCCGCAGCAGUUUGCUGAACUUGCCAACAAACUGGAAAACUGUGACCUGGAGAGUGAACUAGACACUGCAGUAGAAGGGACAGGUCUGGCCUUCAUAGUAUACAGUGAAGCCAUUAAGAACAUGCCAUUAUCUCAGCUGUGGUCAGUGCUGUACUUCAUCAUGCUUCUGCUGCUAGGAAUGGGCAGCAUGCUGGGCAAUAUCACUGCCAUUAUCACCCCGCUACGAGACUUCAAGGUCAUAUCUCGCAUGAGCAAUGAGAUGUUCAAUGGUUUAGUGUGUUUGUUCUGUCUGCUGCUUGGCCUGGGCUUCACCACCACAUCAGGGAAUUACUGGUUUACCAUGUUCAAUGACUACGGAGCCACUUUUUCCCUGCUCUUCAUUGUCCUCAUUGAGGUCAUAACUGUCAGUUACAUCUACGGAAUCAGAAGAUUUGAAAAAGACAUAGAAGACAUGAUUGGCCAUCGUCCCCACUGGUUUUGGAAGAUCAUGUGGGCAGGAGUUAGUCCUCUUCUCCUUAUCACCCUCUUCAUCUUCUACAUCGUUAACUACAUCCAGGGAGGGACACCAACCUAUCAAGCAUGGAACAAAGAACUGGGAAAGUCAGUGGUGACCGAGUAUCCUGUUUUUGGUCAAGUCUUCAUUGGGCUGCUGCUGGUGUCAUCAGUCAGCUGUGUUCCCCUCACAGCUCUGUAUGUGUACUGCAGGAAGAGGAAACAUGGCCAUCACAAGAGGCAGCGUACUGUAAGCACAGUAUCAGCUUAGUAAGCAGGUGAUAAUAUAGCGCACAUUUACUGAGAUUAACCUCCCACCAUCACUAUCUACAUAGCUCUGUCCUCCAACUGAACACAGCAACACUCCUUCACUUCUCAUGUACAACAAGGAAUAACAGAACAUUGUUUUCCUCUUUUCACUUUCACAAAAAAUGUUCAUGCAAAAAUUGAAGACAAGGAUAUCAAAUCAAGAUAACAAUCAGAUUAACAUUUUUUGCUCCUUUUUUGAUUUUUUUUCUUCAGCAAAAGAAAAAAAAUGAUGCGCCUUAACAAUAUUUUUAUACGUAUACAUGUUGUGUAAUUUCUCUUAGUACUGAAGUCACAUCUCUGGCCACGUAUAAAUAUUGUGUACAUUGAAAUAGAGUCACCCCACAUUCUACAUAUAGGUGGGAAUAAUUCACUUAGAUGUUUCCAC